AUGAAGGAAAAUGAGUUCCUAGAGCCGGUCGAUGAGACCAAUGACUCCAGUGAGAAGGAAGAAAAUUCAACCAGCUAUGAUCAUGAUGAGAAGCAGACCACGGUUCAUAUUCCAGAUGUUGAAGGGCACAAUCGGGAUCAUCUCAAUGCUAUGUUUGAGAAUCCCUUGGCAGGAAUCCCUCGAGAGCAACUUUUCAAAGAUGUUGAGGCAUUUUGCCAGAAGUUCAAUCUCAUGGCGGACCUAAAGACCUUUCAGAAAGGCGCCCUAAUCUCUCAAAAUCCAGAGAAGGGGACGAUGAUGCCCGAGCUAGAUGAGCAUGAAAAAGAGGCUCUGAUUCGAGAACAUACUCAUAAAUGGCGCCAACCCUGGCAGCUAUACUUCCUUGCAAUUAUGUGUUCUCUCGCUGCCGCAGUCCAAGGUAUGGAUGAGACGGUCAACAACGGUGCCCAAGCUAUCUAUUUGAAGCGCCUCGGCAUCGAAGACAGCGACAAUCUCACCGGACUGGUCGUCGGCGCCCCAUACUUGGCGUGUGCGGUCCUGGGUUGCUGGCUCACGGAGCCUCUGAACCGAUUCUUCGCUCGUCGCGGAACCAUCUUUAUUUCUUGCUUCAUCGCGGCCGUGGCUUCGAUAUGGGAGGGCGUUUGCAAUAGCUGGGUGAAUCUGUUUCUUGCACGCUUUGUUCUGGGUCUGGGUAUCGGCUCGAAAUCCUCCACCGUCCCCGUUUAUGCCGCCGAAUGUUCACCCGCCCCAAUUCGAGGGGCACUGGUCAUGAUGUGGCAAAUGUGGACUGCAUUUGGGAUCAUGCUGGGAAACAUCAUGGGCGUGGCAUUCAUGAACGUGGGCGACGAUCUCAGCUGGCGCCUAAUGCUAGGCUCCACUGUCGUGCUUCCUUUGAUUGUCUGCACCCAGGUAUACUUCUGCCCCGAAUCCCCUCGAUGGCUUAUCCAGCACAACAAGAUUGAAAAGGCCUACACAAACUUCAAGAUCUUGCGUCCCACAGACAUCCAGGCCGCACGAGAUCUGUACUACGCUUAUGUCGGUGUGGAACUCGAGCGCAAGAUCAACAAGGGCAAGAACUUCUUCACCAUGUUCAUGGAGCUAUUCACUGUCCCGCGCAAUCGCCGAGCCACCUUGGCAAGUUGGAUUGUCAUGUUUAUGCAACAAUUUUGUGGUGUCAAUGUAAUUGCCUACUACUCCACCACCAUCUUCCAGGAUUCUGGAUAUGGUCUAUCAAAUGCUCUGCUGGCCUCCAUGGGCACCGGUAUUUUGAACUGGGUCUUUGCCCUGCCGGCCGUUUUGACAAUUGAUACCUGGGGCCGUCGCAACCUGUUGCUUUUUACCUUCCCAUUCCUGGCAAUCUUCCUCUUUUGGUCCGGCUUCUCGUUCUGGAUCGAGGCCGAUAACCCCACGAGCAAAAAGCGAGUUGCAAUGGUGACCACAGGAAUGUACCUAUUCGAGGUUUUCUACUCGCCCGGUGAAGGCCCAGUGCCAUUCACCUAUUCCGCUGAGGCAUUCCCGCUUCAUGUACGUGAAGUGGGCAUGUCAUGGGCAACUGCCACCACGUGGUGCUUCAACUUCAUUUUGUCCUUUACCUGGCCUCAUCUCUUGAGGGCUUUCAAGCCUCAGGGAGCGUUUGGCUGGUACGCAGCAUGGUGUAUUAUUGGAUGGUUCCUUGUUUUACUCUUUGUUCCCGAGACCAAGGCCCUUACUCUAGAGGAACUUGACCAGGUCUUCUCAGUUUCUACAAGAAAACAUGCCUCUUACCAGAUCAAGAACGCCAUCUGGCACUUCCGUGUCUGGGUUCUGCGCCAGAAACUGGACCCUCUUCCCAAUUUCUACCAAGGCACGGAGCACCUCGCCGAAGUUGGUGACUCUGAAACAAAGUAG